GACAAGCUAGGCACUGCAGACGCGCACGCCAUUGAAGAAGUGGAGAAAGCGUUUGGCUACCGAUUUAGAAAUCCACAGCUACUGGCUGCCCUACGAGCGUCUCCGAAUGGAGCACGUUGCGUUCCUUUUCAGCGCCUGGAAUUCCUGGGAGAUGCUGUGCUUUUGGUGGCUGUGUGCUGCCACGUCAUGCAGGAAUGCCCAGAGUUCGAUGAAGGCUACCUGUCUGAAACCUUGCACGCCUUCAUCUGCAACAGCUAUCUCUCCCGCAAGUUGGUCCGACGAUUCGGCCAGGCGCAAAAUCUCGCGUCCGUGUUCUUCCCUGGAGCCUCUUCGCCACAGCGAAUGCAGCUUCCGGGCUACGUGAAGUACAUCUUGAACAGUGAGGCAGAGACUGACUAUGUCAUCGGCCAGAGAGCUAGUGGGGUGACAGCUGUGACAGCUGCUGCUGCCUCCACAUGCAUGCGAAGGAUGCCAUCCUUCAUGCAGAACCAGGUGCCAGAAGCAGCCGUACACGGAAACUUCAAGUUCGUCGCAGAUAGCUACGAG